AUGGCGACUACCUCAGCAGCUAGCUCUGGUAACUAUGAAAAGUGACGGAUGGAAUUGAGCCAGAGUUACAGUAGCUCUGGUUUGGACUAUUCAGGAGAUACCUUUGAGCCCUUCAGUGAGGAGGAAGAAGCCAGCUGGCAGUGAGAGAGCGAGCCAUCCGAAUCGUACCGUUCCACAGAGGAUUUAGAGUGUUCUACCAUGUCAGAUACAUUGGAAAGCAUGUCAUGGUUGGCAGGCCAAAAUCAUGCAGAUGAGCAGCCUGAAGUAGUGGAUUCUGCAGCUCUAGAAAGAGAUGUCAUGGGAAAAUGGAUUGAUCUAAAAAAUAAAGAAGCUGGCAUUAAGCAAGACAAAUCUGUCAUCAAAACUCAUGCUGUAAUUCUUCUCUUUCCCCGAUACAGUAAUUGACACUUUUGUUUUGUUGAUUUAUGCCUGACAGAAAUUACUGAAUUAUUAGAUGGAGAACCGGAUGCUCUCCGGUCUUUUUGCAGCAUUAAGAUAAGCAAGAUGUGUCAGCAGCUGAUCUCGAAGCAGGCAAAUGGUGGCAAGUCAAGAAAGCUGCAGCAUGGAUUCACAGCAAAGAAACUGGAGACAAGUGACUUGAACUGCAUUGUUCCUGAUCAGCUAAUGAACAGAAUCCGCCUGAAAAAUGUCAGAGAGACUGUUAAACAGGUGACAGAAGCUCAAAUCCACGAAUCUGCAGUGUGCCCUGACUGUCAAAAGAAGGAAGCAGAGCUAGCCAAGGUUACCUUUCUCAGACAAAAGAAGAUUCUAAUGGAAAGUGCUUUAAUCCGAGGGAAAUUGGAAGAACAGAUUUACUCCAGA